AUGUCGUGUAGUUGUUCUGCCGCAGCAUUUAUUCAACAGUAUGCACAAACAGCUAUCGAUCGCAGAACGCAUGUGCCAGUUUUAUCAUGGAAAACAACUUUUUUCAUUCAGUUCCCAGAACAUUUCACUACUCUAGCCAAAAAUGUAAAAGAUUCGCCAUGUGCAUCAUGUGGAAAGUUAAACUACGCACCUAUACUUUGUAUCAUCUGUGGCCAAUGUAUUUGCGAGAAACAUUUAAUGAAUCCGGAAGUUCAAACCUUCAAUGUAGAUUUCAGAACUCGAGAUCAUAGAUGUCAAGCUGGCUAUGGAGCUUUUCUUAGUCUCCAAACGGCUGACCUAAUUGUUACAACAAGCGGGCAUGGUGCAGUAUAUGGUAAACUGUAUGUGAACGAAUAUGGCGAAGAAACGCCCGUUGUCUGUUCAGAGCUCUAUUUUGUGGAGCAACGUUUGCGUAACUUCGAAGAGGAUUUCGUUCUAUGUCACUAUAUCAGCAAAUCGUUCCUUGUGAGGGAUUAUUUUGUUGCAGCUCUGCAAACUACUAGGAUAACACCCUCAAAACUAUCUCAAUACAUUACUUCUAUUUUUUGA